UUGAUUGUUUACUGCUUAACUCGUAAGUUCAUUAUAGGAUUUAAAGCGGCUUUGGCCUGCAACGAUGAGGAUUGGGGGCAGUGCCUUUCGAGCUGCAUUUGCUGCAACAGCUGUAGUAGCAUCGAAUAUGGACGGGAAGAAAUAGUAAAUAACAAUGAUAAAACAGAUCUUCGACUCCGUCUCUUCCAGUAUCAGGCAUGCCCAUUUUGUUGCAAAGUGAGUUUUUCUACUACUCCAUUUGUUUCGAAAAGACUGAUUGUACCCAAGGUUCGUGCCUUCCUUGACUAUUACGGGUUUACAUAUGAUGUUGUGGAAGUUCAUCCUGUUACUAAGUCAGAGCUCAAGUUUUCCAGUUACAAAAAGGUGCCAAUCCUACAAACAUAUGCAGGAACGCUUACAGAUUCUGCUCUGAUUGUCUCGAAGUCUUAUCCACAGAAAUAUGUCGUUUUCCCAGAUGGACCUUUACGUAGCGAAGAUGUUGCUUCUGACAGGGAAGAACGACAGUGGCGUGAAUGGGUAGAUGGGAAUUUUAUCCAUUUAAUCUCACCAAAUGUCUACCGUACGUAUAAGGAGUCUCUCGAAACUUUCAAAUGGUUUUCGGAGUUCAUGGGAGGUUCGUCACCAAACCUUGCGGAUUUGGUGAGUACCACAGUACCUAUGAGAUACGUACUAGUUUUAUUGAAUAUGGGCGGUAUGUAUGGCGCUAUGACGGCGUUUUCGGGAUGCGCUGCAUUCCGGGAACUUGUCGUAGAAGGGAGCAAAAUUAGGCGCUGGUUUAACAAGAUGCGAGAUGAGGUUGAGAACCACAAGGGCCGACAUUUGCUAGAACAGCACCCCAUCGCAAAGAAGUGAAC